GAUUUGGAGCAGGAGGAAGGGGUGGACAUAGCAGCAGAUGAAGUUGCUCUCAAGGUCAUCAGAGAGCAGCUCCAGUGCAGAGAAAAAGAUGAGGGGCAGCAGCUCCUGUUCCUACAGGCCAUCUACCCCGCAUGUCUGGCUGCAUGGGAGAGAGGGGAGGACACUCUGGAGCUGCGCUGCUGCAAGGCAGCUGUGGUGAAGAGGAUUGUGGAGCUCAUCGAGGAGCUUCCCCAUCACUCUUCACCCAGCGCCGUCCUCGCCAACUCCCUGGCUGCAGUGGCCAUCUCAGCACCAUGAAACCUGCCCUUGAGAAAGACCUAGAGACCCACCUUUUGCGAGCUGUCCUUCACUCCGUCUUCACCCUGGGCACGGAGAAGGACACCACCUACAUCCAGGCUCUGCACAAAGUCAUGUCAGAGGUCCUGGAUGCCAUGCUGGGGAACCUGCUGGCAGAGUCCCCAGACAGGCUCGACUACAUCUUAGAGCAUGUCAACUUCUGGAUCGUGUCCAGGGUGUCCCAGGAGAGAGCCAGGGCCAUUAGGAGCAGCACAGCCCUGCUGAGAUACACAGUCACCCUCCCUGAAUUUGACAUCUCAGCAGAGUUCCCUAGGAUGGGUCACCAUGCGGCCCAGCUGGCUCUGUUUGUCAGUGACCCAGACAAGGACAGCAGCCGGCAGGCCAGGAAGGGGACUUACCGGCUCGACCAGCUGCUGCUCCAACAGUGGGGGCUGACCAUACAUGAGGCAGAAGAUCUGUGGUGCUCUGACUGGCACCAGGACAGCAGGCUCCUGGCUUACAAGAACACAGCCAGGGUUGGGGAGUCUCUGGCCCAGCCUCUUACACAGAUAUGUGCUGCAGCCAGCCCAGCGCAGAGAGAAGUGGGGACAGAUGAUCUCAUCCUGUCAAACCAAGCAACAGGGGUUCCAUUGAGGCUUAGAUGGAGGGUCCCAUGCAUCUCUGGGAGAGGAUGCGCCCGGGACCCUGGAGACGGUUUCCUGCAGGAGGUUUGAGCGGGGAGAGAUCACUCACUGUCAUGACCAGGGUUCCUGGGAGCAGCCACACUUCAGCAUGUCACCUGGAAGCCUACGAAAAACUGCUUACCUAAGACUUAUGAAGUCCAGACCCAGUUUGAGGCUCCAUCCCUGAGGCCUAUUGGCAGAGUCCCAGAGCAGCUAAUCAGCCCCCAGCACCUCCUUAAAACAGCAGUAGGAACAAGAAACUGUCUGAACACCCCAGCUCCU